AUGGCGGGGUUGACGCUGUUUGUGGGCCGCCUCCCGUCCUCGGCUCGCAGUGAGCAGCUGGAGGAGCUGUUCAGUCAGGUUGGGCCAGUGAAGCAGUGCUUCGUGGUGACUGAGAAAGGGAGUAAGGAAUGCCGAGGUUUUGGCUAUGUCACUUUUUCGAUGCUGGAAGAUGUUCAGAGGGCUCUUAAGGAGAUUACCACCUUCAAAGGCUGCAAGAUCAAUGUAACUGUUGCCAAGAAAAAACUAAGGAACAAGUCCAAGGAAAAGGAGGAAAAUGAAAAUUUGGAAUCCCCAAAGAAGACACUGAAGCCUAAAAAAACCAAAGUGGCAGAUAAGAAAGCCAGAUUAAUUAUUCGGAACCUGAGCUUCAAGUGUUCAGAAGAAGACUUGAAGACCAUAUUUGUUCAAUUUGGAUCUGUCCUAGAAGUAAACAUUCCUAGAAAGCCAGAUGGAAAGAUGCGUGGCUUUGCAUUUGUUCAGUUCAAGAACCUCCUAGAAGCAGGCAAAGCUCUCAAAGGCAUGAACAUGAAAGAGAUCAAAGGACGGACCGUGGCUGUGGAUUGGGCUGUGGCCAAGGAUAAAUAUAAAGAUACUCAGUCCACCUCACGUAUAGGAGAGGGGAAGAACCCUGAACCUAAACAACAGGAAUCAGUUAAAGAGAAUGACAGGGGGGAAGAGGAUGAUGAUGAUGAUGAUGAUGAAGAUGAUACUGAGGAGGAGGAGACUGAAGAGGAAGAAGAAUCAAAGGUGACCAAACCUGUGCAGUUUCAGAAGAGAGCUGUCAAGAGAGCUGCAGCCGAGGAGAGCAGUGAAGAGGGUCUUCCUGACGACGACGAUAGUGACCUGGGCAGUGAUGAUAGUGACCUGGGCAGUGACAGAGAGGAACUGGCUCAGAGUGACACAGACGCUGACGAGCAAGGGGAGAAAGAUGUACAAACUUCAAAGAAAAAGAAGAAGAGGAAAUUACCCUCUGAUGUGAAUGAAGGGAAAACUGUUUUUAUCAGAAACCUGUCCUUUGACUCAGAAGAAGAAGAUCUUGGGGAGCUGCUUCAGCAAUUUGGGGAUCUCAAAUAUGUCCGCAUUGUCUUGCAUCCAGACACAGAGCACUCUAAAGGUUGUGCAUUUGCCCAGUUCCUGACUCAGGAAGCAGCUCAGAAAUGCCUGGCAGCUGCUUCUCCAGAGACUGAGGGUGGUGGGCUUAAACUGGAUGGCCGUCAGCUCAAGGCUGAUUUGGCAGUGACCCGUGACGAAGCAGCAAAGCUUCAGACGAAGAAGGUGAAGAAGCCGACCGGGACUCGGAACCUCUACCUGGCCAGAGAAGGCUUGAUUCGUGCUGGGACGAAGGCUGCAGAGGGCGUGAGCGCUGCUGACAUGGCAAAGAGGGAGCGGUUUGAACUCCUGAAGCAUCAGAAACUCAAGGACCAGAAUAUCUUUGUCUCCCAGACCAGACUCUGCCUACACAACCUCCCUAAGGCUGUGGAUGACCAGCAGCUCCGGAAGCUGCUGCUGAGUGCCACCAGAGGGGAGAAGGGGGUGCGCAUCAAGGAGUGUAGGGUAAUGCGAGAUCUGAAAGGUGCUCCUGGGAAAGGGACGGGCCAGUCCCUGGGCUAUGCCUUUGCAGAGUUCCUGGUCCACGAGCACGCCCUGACAGCCCUGCGCCACAUCAACAACAAUCCAGACAUCUUCGGGCCUCAGAAGAGACCAAUAGUGGAGUUCUCUCUGGAAGACCGGAGGAAACUGAAAAUGAAGGAGCUCAGGAUCCAGCGUAGCCUGCAAAAAGUGAGAUCUAAGCCUGCAAGUGGUAAGCCCCAGGGGGACCCGCCCAAGCCUGAGAAAGAGCAGCCACAGAAGGCAGCUCGGAACCAUACACAGACGCAAAGCAAGGCUCCCCCAGAGCAGAAGGGGAAGGGAGACUUCACCUUGUGGGCAGGCUUCCAGACCAAAGCAGAAGUGGAGCAGGUGGAGCUGCCCGACGGGAAGAAGAGAAGGAAGGUCUUGGUGCUCCCCUCCCACCGAGGUCCCAAGAUCAGGUUGCGGGACAAAGGCAAAGCGAAACCUCUCAUUCCCAGCAAGCCAAAGGCCCAAACCAACCAGAGGAAGCCAGAAAAACAAAGAUUGCCUUCCCAGCAGGCGCCGAAGACAAAAGUGAAGAGAAAUAAGACAGAGAUGCGCUUCGACCAGCUGGUUGAACAGUACAAGCAGAAACUCUUAGGACCUUCCCAAGGAGCUCCUCUUGCAAAGAGGAGCAAAUGGUUUGAGAGUUGA